UGUAAGCAUUACAAUCAGUUGCAAGAAAAGUGGUUAACAUGAACGUUGAUUGUGUCAAGAAACUAAAUCGUUUCCAUUUUAAUUGUGUUAAUAAUUGUUACCAUUGAGAUUAACUGAUUAACGACAGUUGAUUGUAAACUUUCACCGAUCUAAGAUCUUUGACACCUGUUGCCAACCACCGAGUUACAUUCAACCUGCGAAAGUGUUGAAAAUGACACAAUAAAAUGGCCAAUCAAUAUGUUGAUCAACAUUUUCUCGGUGAAUUUAAAACAAUUUGGAUUCAAUCAAUUGAGCUCAUGAUGAACAUCAUGUAAGCUUAUUCAGAUUUGCAAGUUCCUGGAUUUUUUUGCGGACUUUGAACUUUCCUCUUUUCAUCUUCUUGGCUUCAUUUGAUUCUCUCUGAAAGUUUUUUUCUUCAAUUAAUGUCGACAUUAAGUUAAUCAUGAUGAUAUUCAACAGGAAAUGAAUUGAUUUCUUCAGAUCUUAUCCAUUGUCAUUAACAGGAGACUAAAUCAAACACCAAUAUCUACACAACAACUUUGCUUUUAAUUGUUAUUAUUAUUAAAUUGUUCCGUUCACAAGAUGACAACUGAAUUAACAAUUGAUAUUACUGAUGCCUACACAUUAACAAAUAGUAAUACCUCAAUCUACUUGAAUGUUUCAUCAUCAAUAACAUCAACACUUUCAUCAUCUUUAUCUUCAUCUUUUUCAUCUCUAAUAUCAUCUGUAAUAUCAUCAUCACCGGUUGGAUUAUCAUUAUACAAAUACGACAAUCAAAGUGAUCCAGUGAUAUUAAUAGCAAAUAACAAUAAUGCUAUUGAAACAAUUAACCAAAAUCUGAGUGAACCUUUAAGCCACUACCCAACCUCAUCCUCUUCCUCAUCUUUUUCAAUCCCCUCAUCGUCUUCCUCUUCCGUAUCCGUCUCUUCAUCAUCAAUUUCUUCCUCAUCACCAUCUCCCUUUAUCUCAAAUCUAUCAUUUUUACAACCUUUACAGAAUGAGCAAAAAAAUUUUGGACUAGUGGUCAAUGUAACCAAAGACUGGCCCAUUGAAUAUGCCAUGAUCAUGUUUGGCUAUAUUAUGCCUUUCCUGUUGAUAAUCACCUUGAUCACCAAUAGUUUGGUGGUCAUCGUCCUUGCCCAAAGAGAGAUGAGAACCCCGACAAACCUUGUGCUCCUCGCAAUGGCCAUAUCAGACAUGUUGACCCUUUUGUUUCCCUCUCCGUGGUAUUUUUACAAUUAUACCUUAGGUUAUCAUACGGAAAUGCUUCACCCACCGGUGGCCUGUUAUGCUUAUCAUUGCAUGAUUGAAGUGAUACCAACAUUUUUCCAUACAGCAUCAAUAUGGUUAACCUUGGUUCUAGCGGGUCAAAGGUACAUUUAUGUUUGCCAUCCAACGGUAGCGCCAAAAUAUUGUACACCACCCAAAGUGACCCGAGCCAUUGUGACCGUUUUUGUUUUAAGCCUAAUCUUUCAAGCCUCACGUUUCAUUGAUAGAGAUUUUCAAUCAAUUGAGAUUAAAUUAAACACUGGAGCCUCUGUUUAUGGUUGUAAAUUCGCCACCGCAACCUGGGUUAAACGUAUAUUCACCGAGGAUGCCUAUUACAUCUUCUAUUAUGGUUUUCGUAUAAUUUUUAUCAACAUCGGCCCGUGUACGGCCCUGGUAGUCCUUAAUCUGGCCUUGUUCAGGGCUCUUCGUCGUGCCCAAUCAAAGAGGAAAUCGUUAUUCAAAGAGAAUCGAAGGUCAGAAUGUAAAAAACUUUGCGACACCAAUUGUACAACCCUAAUGUUAAUCGUGGUGGUUUCGGUUUUCCUGGCCACCGAAUUACCUUUGGCCCUUACGACGGUUCUCCAUGUGAUUCAGAAUGCUCUUAAAAUUCAUAUUGCAGGCUAUGAAUAUCUUAAUCUGAUAAUUUUAUCAACCAACUUUUUUAUUAUGCUCAGUUAUCCAUUUAAUUUUGCCAUUUACUGUGGUAUGUCCCGACAGUUUCGAGAAACUUUUAAAGCACUUUUCAUCUCUGGCAGCAGGUCAAACUCAUCUGACCGAUCAAGACAAACUCGUGAAGGGUCAACACGUUAUUCAGUAGCCAAUGGACCUCGAACAUCAACAAAUGAGACAAUUCUUUGACCAUCAAUCUAAAUUGGAAUCAUUUGUUUUUCUUUGUGCUUAAAUACAUCAAUCAUUUUAGCUUAAUUUAAGACAACAAUUAAACCAAAAAUUAUUAUUAUAUUUCAAUUAUCAUCGAUUAAUGAAAUAUAUAUAAAUUAAUAGAUCAAUUAAUCAAUUGAUUAUCUUUACUUGUAUUAAUAAUUUUAUGCUUCGAAACUUUUUUUUCAGCAAAAUUGUCCUUGUCUCGUGUUAAUUAUUAUUGUUGUUAAUUACUAUUAUCAUGUUGAUUAAUAAAAUGAUGAGAAAUCAAUUAAUGCUUUAUUAUUUUUGUAACAAUGUUGAUUAUCCAGUUAAUUAUCAUGAUUAAUAAUAGAUUGUAUUUAUUGAUUUUCUUGGUGUUGUAAA